AUGGCAAGGGCUAAGAACAGAAAGAUGGUGGGAGAGGACAAACGUGGUCAGACCGUUUGCAAGGGGCUGACUCAAGAAAAUGGACUUGAAAAGGACAGGUAUAAAAUGGUGUACAUAAGAACUGAAAUUCGAAUGGCUAGGAUGGCAAGAAAAGCCAGCAGCUUCUUUGUACCCACUGAACCCAAAUUGGCAUUUGUCAUCAGGAUCAGAGGUAUCCGCGGUGCGAGCCCAAGGGUUCGACAGGUGUUACAGCUUCUUCACCUCCAUCAGAUCUUCAGUGGCACCUUUGUGAAGCUCAACAAGGCUUCAGUUAACAUGCUGAGAAUUGCGGAAGCGUACGUUGCGUGGGAGUACCCAGACCUGAAGUCAGUAAAGGAACUGAUCUACAAGCGUGAUUAUGGCAAACUCAGCAAGAAGCGAAUUGCCCUAACAGAUAAUGUGUUGAUUGCUCUACCUCUUGGCAAAUACAGUAUUAUCUGCAUGGAGGAUCUGAUUCAUGAGAUCUGUACUGUUGGAAAACGUUUCAAAGAAGCAAACAACUUCCGGUGGCCCUUCAAAUUGUCUUCUCCACGAGGUGGAAUGAAGGAAAAGACCACCCAUUUUGUAGAAGGUGGAGAUGCUCCCAACAGGGAAGACCAGAUCAACAGGCUUAUUAGAAGGAUGAACUAA